CCUCGGUCGUCGAUCCCUGCAGCAACAUCCCCAUCCUCAAGAUCAUCCAACACCGCCUCAAUAUCUACGCCUGCCCUCUCGCACACUCCCGUCCCUACGACAACAUCUACGUCUUCUUCCGCGUCCGUGUCGCGCCCUGGCCUGCUGGCGCGCCUGGGCAGCUCCCUCAAUCUACCUCUCCCUCUGCGCAACCGCAACCGCAGCGUGACCGACUUCCAUGUCCGCUGCGACGAACCUCACCGGAAAUAUGGCGCUGGCGACCACGUCCACGGCUCCGUCGUCCUGGUCGUUGUCAAGCCGGUGCGCAUCACCCACCUGGUUGUUACGCUGCACGGCUUCGUGCGCGUGCUGAGGGAUCCCGCUGGCGCCGCCAAGGUCCGCAAUAUCACCACGCUGCCGCAGGGGGGGAGCUCAUCGCGCCCGCAGUAUCAUGGCAACGGCUUCGCAAGCCUCUUCCAGGACGAGCAGGUGCUGAGCGGCGAGGGCAGGCUUGAUCCCGGCAGAUACGAAUUCGGCUUCGACUUGGUGUUCCCCGACAAAGGACUGCCAAGUAGCAUUGACUUCGAGCGCGGAACCGUAUCCUACAUGGUCACGGCAACUUUAACACGCCCCCUAUCCAUGGCGGCGACAAUGACAUGCGAGAGAAAGGUCAUGUUGACCGAGAGGAUAGACGUGGGCUUAUUGCCACCGCCGCAGCCGAGAACUAUCUUUCUUGAACCAAUAUCUAAGAAAACGAGAAAGAAGAAGUCGUCAAUGGCGCUGGACAAGAGUUCUCUUGUUACGCCAGAGCCCAUCGACGUGGUACCUGAACCCGACGCAGGGGAACCGCUCUCGUCCCCUACUGAGGAUGCCGCCGCGCGUGAGAAUCCCGGUGGCGAUCAGCAAAGCGAACGCCGAGGAGCAGCCGCAUUGAGCGACGUGCAGAGUGAGGUCAGCGGCGAGAGCGGGCGCAGCAUCAGCACGGCCAUGAGUCGGAGCGACUUGACUCAGUUAUCGCAGGUUGGCACCAGUGCCUUCAUGUCAGCGCAGCAGCAAGCUGUCAAUGACAAAACCAUCACUGCCAGCAUUGAGCUUCUCAAGGGCGGCUGCCUGCCAGGCGAUGCCGUGUCGGUGCGGGUUACGGUGCAGCACAUCAAGCAGGUCAAGAGCAUGACUGGUGUCAUCGUGACGCUUUUCCGCCAGGGCAAAAUCGAUACCUCACCUCCAUCACAGCUGUUCAAGGACAUGAUGACCAAGGAGGAUGCCCGUCGAAUACAGAAAGAAGAUGUAUACCCCAGGUCACGCACGGGAUUGGGCGGCCUUUCCCUCUCGUCUGCCGGUUCCAUCAGCGUGUUCCGCAAAGACCUCGACCAGACAACGGCACCGCUCAUCAUAGAUCCGGAAACCAUGCAGGCAUCGGUCACGGUGCCGGUCAAGCUCCCUAACGACUCGUUCCCGACUAUCAAGGGGGUGCCCGGAGAUAUGAUCUCUUUCAAGUACCAGGUAGAAGUUAUUGUUGAUCUGGGCGGGAGACUAUCUGGCCACUUCCCAUCCCGAAAGACUUCGAGGUUUGGCACAUUUAGCAGCAGCGCCACCGAUCAGACCAUAAGCAUGUUUUCACAGAGGAGGGGUGCUCAGAUCGAAAUCAUUGACACUGGUCCUCUCAAAAGGCAAAAGGGCGUUGUUUGCGUGACAAUCGAGUCCAUCGUCGGCACAGUAGACUCCUCGGGGCAACGGAAGCUCGUCAAGUUGUCCUCGUCGUCAAAAACGCUCGACAAUGCCGAGAGUGACGACGAGGUGGGCUUUGUCCCAACCCCGACUCGCUACGAAGAAAUCGACCGCAACAGUCCGCAUCCUCAAGGGCCGCCACCACAUGAAUACUUUCCUCCGCUCGCAAACCACCAGCGUCCAUCCUACUCCCCUACUCCUCUCCAUCACCCUUCCCAUCCGCAACCAAGUAAUCACGACCUUGCACCAUUAUACACACCGCCCCCUCCUCAGCUACCUAAUCCAAGUAGCUUGACGGAGAAGGAUCGCAUACGACAAGCAGAGCAAAGACUGCUACCCAGUCGUCCGCAGGCCGGACCAUCUUCGCCCGACGAAGACGACAUUUACGAUGCCCAAGCCACACCACGACCACCUUAUGCAGGCAAUUCAGGAGAAGAAGAUAACAUUGGACCGUCGGCUCCGACAGAAGAAGAGCUCACGGCUGCCGUCAACGUUCCGAUGAACGCCGGGGAGGAUAAACAGGAGCUUGAGCGGAGGCGACUGAUGCAAGAGGCCAGUGCUCCCCCUGACUUCCCCGAGGACAUGGAUCGAAGUGGCGCGCCUGGUCGAGCCCCUAGGGAAGACGACCUGACGGCCGAUGCUGAACCGACUGCGCCCAUGUUGAUUGAAGAUGAGGACGAUUAUCCGGGGUAUAAUGCCAACGCAACAUCAUCUGGCAGUACAAGUGCACACAGGAGACACGAUAACGAUGAUGGGGAGCAGUUACCGGCAUAUCAGCGGUGA